AUGCAUCAACCAUCACUCACCGAAGUUGGCCCACCAAUUGUUGUUUGCGAGGAUAUCCAUGGGCAGUAUUCCGGCCUGUUGCGCAUCUUCGAGAAGAUCACUUUUCCACCUGACGCCAAUUUCAUCUUCUUGGACGACUAUGUUGACCGUGGCCAGCAGAAUAUCGAAAUAUCAUUUCGCUCAGGUACCCUGAAAGCUUCUUCAUGCUUCGCAACAGUCACGAGUUCCCGGCUAUUAAUCGUCAACUUGACUCGUCCUGAAGACUCAAACAAUUCAUCAAUGGCAUCGAGCUUCUCCGGACUGAUCCCGACAACUGGGUCAAGGGCUGACAGGCUGUGGACCCGUGGAGUUGCGUAUGUUUUU